AUGAUUAGAUCGGGUGGUUUUGGGACAGUAUUUAAAGUACAGCACAAAUUAGAUGAUAAGAUGUAUGCGAUAAAAAGAGUAGAAUAUGGGGAUUUUAGUGAAGAGAAAAAACAACGAAUUCUGAGAGAAGUGAAAAUUUUGCUAAAAUUAGACUCAGAUUUUGUGGUCAAAUACAUCACGUCAUGGCCUGAGUCUAACCAUCUGUACAUUCAGAUGGAGUUGUGUUCGCAAAGCCUUAAAACUGUUAUCAAAGACAAAGCCAUUGUCUUCGGUCGACAACCGGAAGACCCGAUCAAUGUUUACGAGUAUUUCAUUUGUUGUGAAAUAUUCACCGAAAUUCUAGAAUGCGUUCAAUUUCUCCACUCAUCGGAUCCGCCGGUCAUUCAUCGGGACCUCAAACCCGACAAUAUAUUAAUUGAACACAACUUUAUGUCCAGUCGUUUCAUAAAACUGUGUGACUUUGGUUUGGCCACCGAUCACGACAUGCCAUCCAUGAGCCACACGGCAGGGGCCGGCACUUCGGCAUAUAUGGCACCUGAAGUACAUCAGUCGAGAUAUACUAUUAAGGUUGACAUCUAUAGCCUAGGAGUCAUUGCACAACAUUUAUUAGAUUUAUUUAACAAUAUAUGCCCGACAAUCGGCCGACCAGUGCUCAAGUUCUCGAAGAUUAUAAUCAGUGGUCAGUCGAUAGACAGAUAA